AUGGAAAAGUCACUUUAACUCUUCUCUUAGAUUAAGGAUAUAGAAAGUUACUUGACUUAUAUUUAAUCAAUCAAUAAUCAUUUAGGAUUCUUGGUAGUUAAUUUUGACGAUAAUGAAAUUGAAACUGGAUUAGCCAUAUUGGCCAAAGCUGAACGAUUAGGGGAGUACUUAAUAGCUAAAGGAGACUUUGAAAAGAGACCCUUAAAAAUAGAAGGAGGAUUUGAAAGAGCCUAAGAAUUUUAAACAAUCAACGAUUUAGAUUACUUAAGCAUAUGGCAAACUUAGAACAAAGACAAAGUAGGUUUUUAUUUUGGAUAGUCAAUGCUAAGAUAAAUCAAAUCUAAAACUUAUGAAUUAAAAGAUUUUUUUUUCAGCUGCAUAUCUUUAUCUGAUCAUUAUUCAGGUUUAUAGAAUUUCACCUAUGCUUUUUAUCUACUUCUAGUUGGUGAAUCAGUUAUUCCAGAAGGAAAAAGAAAAAAGCUUCGAGCUAAUUUACAAAAGGCUUAAGGGAGAGUAAUAGGAAGUAUGAUGUCAUAUUGUAUUGAUUGCAUUAAGAGCAAUUAAUAGAACGACCCCAAUCUUCCUAAACUAUUUAAUAUAUAUAGUAUUACAUUUGAGGAUGUUAAUGUUAAAUAACUAGUAUUGCUUACUUUGAUUACUUUAGGUAUUCUAACCAAGCAUGCUAAUACUUUAUACAAAAAAGCCCUAUCUAUAUUUGUAUUCGAUGGUUUUGUAACAGAACAUAUCCAAAUACUUAGUGAUAUAUCCACUAUGUAUAGAGUUAUUAUAUUUCGUGAACCAGACCCCAAUAAUAUUAUUUCCUAUAUAGAAAAGAGAUUAGACCUAUUACUUCCAGUAUUUAAUGCCCUAAAUCAAAAAGAUAAUUAAACUAUUUAUGAAAUGUUAUUGGUUGAUGUUGCAGAAAUCAAUAAUGAAUUAUAUGAAUUCAUUGUGAAAAUUAAUGGCAUCGAUGAUAUUUUUGGAGGGAAAAGUAAAAAACUAACUGAAAAAAUGAAUAAAGAUUGUCUUAAUGCUAUUCAAUAUUAUGAAAAAAUAGUUGAAUAAUUGAAAUUGAGUGAAGGGGACAAAAUAGAAUGA